AUGGAUCUCGACUGGCACCUGAUGCCGAUUUCUGAGGAAGCAGCAUCAUCACAGCCUCCUCCUUCACAUUCGAAUUAUAUCGCAGAUACACGUCCGCGAAAGAAGAAAGCGCGAACUCUCCGCGAGAGUGACUGGGAGCCAUACAAAGACAGGAUCAUACAGUUGCAUCAUGUCGAAAAGAGACCGCUCCCGGAAGUCAGGAUCUUGAUCGAACAAGAGUUCGGUUUCAUUGCUGAGUCUCGUCUGACCCAAUGGAAGCUCGACAAGAACAUCAAACCAAACGAGAUGAAGGCCAUCGUCAGACACCACCAACAGCGAAAUAUCGUCGAGACAGACAAGAACGAUCUCAAGUUCCGCGUGAGAGGCCAAGAAGUUGAACUUCACAAGAUUGAGAGGUGGAUGAAGAGACACGACAUCGGAGAGAGCAUGGUGCAUGCUCCCAGCCCUGUCGCUUGUAAGUUACUCUUGGGGGAGAUACUGGCUACAUGA